AUGGCUAACGACAGCAGCAAAGGCAGCAAAGGUGGCGGAGGAGACAAAGCAGAUACCCCUGCCCCAGCCCCUCCUCCCCUUGAUGCUGCAGACAUCGACAUUCUCAAGUCCUACGGUUUGAGCCCUUACGCAGGCAGUACAAAGAAGUUGGAGGCGGAUAUAAAGCAGCAGCUGCAGCGAAUAUCUACUUUAUGCGGUGUACGUGAGAGCGACACAGGCUUAUCUCUUCCUUCUCAGUGGGAUCUUGCUGCAGAUAAAAGAUUAAUGCAAGAGCAGCCGCUGCAGGUAGCUCGCUGUACAAAGAUAAUACCUCCAACGGGGGCUUCAGGAGGUGCGGGGGGCCCCCAGGGGGGCCCCCAAGGGGGCCCCAGAGGCAGCAUGACAGGGGAUAUUGAUGAAGAAACCAAAUAUAUCAUCAAUGUUAAACAAAUAGCUAAAUUUGUUGUCGGAUUAGGAGAGAAAGUUGCCGCUAUGGAUAUCGAAGAAGGCAUGCGAGUUGGGGUGGACCGCAACAAAUACAAAAUUCAAAUUCCGCUGCCCCCUAAGAUCGACCCCACAGUUAUGAUGAUGACGGUGGAAGAGAAGCCGGAUGUAACAUACAACGAUGUAGGGGGAGCGAAGGAGCAGCUUGAACAAUUACGUGAAGUGUUAGAGAUGCCUCUUUUGCAUCCUGAACGCUUUCUCUCGCUCGGGAUCGAUCCCCCCAAAGGUGUUUUAUUAUAUGGGCCCCCAGGCACAGGCAAAACCCUCACUGCUAGGGCUGUUGCUAAUAGAACUGAUGCAUGCUUCAUUUGCGUUAUCGGCUCCGAGCUCGUACAAAAGUACGUAGGAGAAGGUGCUCGAAUGGUUAGAGAGUUAUUUGAGAUGGCGCGUUCUCGAAGAGCAUGCAUUUUAUUUAUUGAUGAGAUCGAUGCGAUAGGAGGAAGCCGAGGAGGAGACGCAGAUGGAGGGCACGGCGACCAUGAAGUUCAACGCACAAUGCUCGAAAUAGUCAACCAAUUAGACGGCUUCGAAGCAAGAGGAAAUGUUAAAGUUCUCAUGGCGACAAACCGCCCUGAUACCUUAGACCCUGCGCUUCUUCGCCCCGGGAGAUUAGACAGAAAAAUCGAAUUCGGAUUGCCCGAUCUAGAAGUCAGUUUGUGCUGCUGCUGCUGCUGA